AUGGGUCGUGGAAACGGAUACCUAUGGACAGAAGAAUAUGAUGGAUCCACAGUGGCAUUCCUUGUCAUUGGGACAGCACUAGUCUUCUUCAUGGUUCCAGGUCUAGGAUUCCUAUAUUCAGGCCUGGCGAGAAGGAAAUCCGCCCUAUCUUUAAUUUGGGUCGUAUUAAUGGCCACUUUAGUAGGAAUGGUACAAUGGUAUUUUUGGGGUUAUUCAUUAGCAUUCAGUCAUACCGCCACAAAUAAUAAAUUCAUUGGAGAUUUAAACUCAUUUGGAUUUAGAAAUGUUUAUGGGAAGAUAGAGGGUUCUGAUGAUGUUUAUCCAGAAAUCGCAUUCGCAUCUUUCGAGAUGACAUUUAUGUGUGUAGCAUUGAGCAUCGUGGCAGGUGCUACCGCUGAAAGAGGUAGAUUGUUUCCUCAUAUGGUAUUCAUAUUUAUAUUUGCCACGUUGGUGUAUUGCCCCAUCUGUUAUUGGAUAUGGGCCCCCGGUGGAUGGGCAUAUCAAUGGGGGGUUCUUGAUUGGGCAGGAGGUGGUCCCGUGGAAAUUUUGAGUGCAGUGGCAGGAUUUGUUUACUCCAUUUUCCUAGGAAGACGUAAAGAAAGUUUAUUAAUAAAUUUCAGACCACAUAAUGUUUCCAUGGUCACUUUGGGUACUUCUGUCUUAUGGUUUGGUUGGCUGUUAUUCAACUCAGCAAGUUCAUUAUCCCCAAAUCUUCGAUCCGUGUAUGCCUUUAUGAAUACAAACAUUAGCGCUGCCACUGGUGGUAUGACGUGGUGUCUUUUAGAUUAUAGAUCAGAGAAGAAAUGGUCCACCGUUGGGUUAUGUUCAGGUAUUAUUUGUGGUCUCGUGGCUGCAACACCAAGUUCUGGUUGCAUAACAUUAUAUGGAUCUUUUAUUCAAGGUAUAAUAUCAGGGAUUGUUUGUAAUUUUGCCACCAAGAUUAAAUAUUACUUGAAAGUGGACGAUUCUCUUGAUCUAUUGGCUGAACAUGGUAUCGCUGGAAUAGUUGGUCUCAUCUUUAAUGCAUUAUUUGCUGCUGAUUGGAUUAUCGGUAUGGACGGGACAACAAGACAUGAAGGUGGUUGGUUAACACAUAACUGGAAGCAGAUGUAUAAACAAAUCGCAUAUAUUGCAGCUACUGUUGGUUAUUGUGCUGUGGUCACAGCCCUUAUCUGUUUCAUUAUUGAUAAAAUUCCUGGACUGCAAUUGAGAGUCACAGAGGAGGCAGAAGCACGUGGGUUGGAUGAAGACCAAAUAGGUGAAUUUGCCUACGAUUAUGUCGAAGUGAGAAGAGACUAUUACGAGUGGGGGGUUGAUACCGACAAUUUGCAUAGUGGUGAUGACCAUGAACAAGUUAGCAUGAAUAAUAAUGGAAUUGGAUCCUCAGGGUCAUCAUCAGCAGGUAUUGAACUCCAUGAAGUUGGCGGUGAAAAGGCAAUUGCCAAUACCAAUCAAGAACAAUCUGCAUAA